AUGAGUCGUGGAUAUCCAGAAAACAACAAUUUUCUUUGUGACAAUAAUCAAAUGGUAUUGGACAUGAUUCUAUAUUCUUUAAUCGAAGUCCCUCAGCCUAUCAACUGGGAAACUGUGGCGAGGCUUGUUCCAGGAUUUACGUCCAAAGAGUGUGCAAAAAGGUUUGAGGAGCUGAAAAGCAGUGGAAACUCACCUGUCGACAACCAGUAUAAUCCUCUGAUGGCUGCUGGAGGGAGUCCUGUUGAAACUCUAGCAACAUAUAUCCAGGCUUCACUCCUUGAUACGCAAGAAGAGUUUCAAGAGGCACCUCUUGGGCAGAAUACAGUUUCCAAAACAGGAAGACCUAGUGUAGCUUCCACAAGGAAUUGUUCUUCAGAAAGUGAGAACUGUACUACUCGUAAAGGUGGAGAAAAUGCUGAUGAAACUCAAGGGCCAAAUAUGGUGAUCCAUGUAUGCGAUGAAGCAAAAAAUUUGAAAGAAGAUUUUAUUUGCCCUCGUGAUCUUUUGAUAUCAGAAAUGAAGUAUUUUGCUGAAUAUCUAUCCAUGGAUGCCCAGCGUUGGGAAGAGGUGGACAUUUCAGUUCACUGUGACGUUCACAUCUUCAACUGGUUGAUAAGAUAUGUUAAAAGGAACACUAAAGAGAAUGGUGAUUGUCAGAUGCCCACUUUAGAGCCAGGGAAUGCCAUUUCAAUUCUUAUUUCUUCAGAAUUUCUUAAGAUGGAUUCAUUAGUUGAACAAUGUAUUCGUUAUUGCCACAAAAACAUGAAUGCCAUUGUAGCCACCCCAUGCAACAUGAACUGUAUUAAUGCUAAUCUCCUUACUCGUAUAGCUGACCUCUUCACGCACAAUGAAGUUGAUGAUGUAAAGGACAAGAAAGAUAAAUUUAAGAGCAAACUUUUUUGCAAGAAGAUCGAAAGACUGUUUGAUUCUGAAUAUCGGAAUCCAGAUUCCCGAAGUAAUGCAGCAACGUUAUACAAAUGCUGUUUGUGUAAGAAACUUUUAACUAAGGAAACGGAAAGGAGAAUUCCUUGUGUUCCAGGAAAAAUCAAUAUAGAUCAACAUGGGAACAUUGUGUACAUUCACUUAAGAGAUAAGACCUGGGAAGUUCAUGAGUAUUUGGGUAACCUCUAUGAAGAAUUAAAAUCUUGGCGGAAUGUGUACUGGCGGUUAUGGGGAACUGUUAAUUGGCUGACCUGUUCAAGGUGUCGUUAUUCUUUCCUUUGUACUGAAUUAUCACAUUGCCAGUAUCAUUCAGAAUCUGUACUUUAUCCUGGUGUGGCAAGUGAAUUAAGUCCCACCGGCACUGGAAUAUAUCCAUGCUGUAACCAAAAGGUUCUUCGCUUUGACCCUGCUCAGCUUGUAAAGGGCUGUAAAGUAAGAGACCAUGUAAUUGGUUUACCUAAUCAAGGUGAAGAUGGAGAUUUGCUGCCCUGUCCAUUUGCAAAGAUAUUGAAUGAUCUGCUUUUGCACAGAGAUGUCAUCGUAGUUCCUUUUUGUAAGGAUCUAAAUAGGAGCUGCUGGGAAGACCAGUGGUGGAAGUGUUGGCGGAGUGCAUGUGACUCCGGGAUUGGCCUUAGUGAUGAGAAGGGUAUAGAUUAUGACGUUCUACUAGAGCCAAAUACACCCUGGGGUCCCCAAACUGGAGAACUCAAUGCUUUCCUGUCACUGAAAAAUUGGACUCUGCAGCUGAAGCAACAAUCGUUAUUUUCUGAGGAAGAAGAGUAUACUACUGGGUCUGAGGUCACUGAAGAUGAAGUUGGAGAUGAAGAAGAAGUGUCUAAGAAACAAGCAGGAAAAAAAGAAAAGCCAAAGAAACUCACCAAACAGCCAAAAAAGCAAAUGUCUUCACCCUCUGUUCAAAAGAAAGAAAAAGCAAUGGACAAGUCAUCUUCGCGAGAUGCGUCUCCAUUCACUGUGAGUAUGCAGAAGAAUAAGUGGGACGCUUCUCGAUCAUUGCGAUUCAACCAAGAUGCUCAAAGAGAAGAUGAUCAGCGGCGGAUGUCUGAAAUUACAGAACACUUAAUAAAAAUGAGACUGGGUGAUCUGGACCAAGUCAAAUCAAAGGAAGGAAAGGAAUUGGCAGGUGGCAUUUAUUCUAGAAUCGAAGCUCAGAUCAGGGCUUCUGCACAAAUCAAUACACGACCAAGUGGCACAGAAAAAACCACAAGGUCAAAAAGUCGUUUUGUUCAAGGACGUCCAAUGUAAGACACCAGGAAAAAAUGGAAAGGCAGGACACUUCUCUCAUCUGAAAUCCUUUUGUUCUUAAACAUGUGGGGAACGCGGCCUUUUAAAGCUUUUUUUGAUGACCUAUUAUUUAUUACUACAAUGACCAUACUGCUAUGAUGAAUGACAGCAAAUCCAGUUAGGGCUUGUAAGAAUUAAAUUUUAAAUACAAACUUCUUAAGUUUAAUCUAAUUUUUUUAUUUUAGUGAAUUGCUAUGCCAUGUAGAAAGCAUUUACUUCUACAUUUGCACUGUUAAAAAAAAAACAGCUAAUACUUGAGAAUUAUUCUUAUUUUGGAGUGGAAGAGACCUAAAUUCUGAAACUGCUGAGACAUUUUUAAAUUCUUAAAAAGAACUGAAAACAACCUGGCAAUAUUGCCAUGCAUGUGAGUAAGCUAGUAUUCUAUUAUUUCAAGUAAACAGCUGAGUAUACCACUGAGUUACCUGCAGUUUAUGCAACAUAAUUCCUUAUGAUAGGUUUCAGGGAAUCAAAGACAUAACUCCCAAGAUAAUAUUAGUUUGAAGGUAAGGUAUUGUUUGAAUCUUGACUACAGAGGGUUAACUUUUACAAUUUUACUGUGUGGACAGGAAGCUGUUUUUCUAUCUUUUUUCUUUCCCUUUUUGAAUUAAAUUUCUUUCCAUUUUUUUUGGUCUGGGCCGAGAAUGCUCUAUGAACUGCUUCCUCCUGAGCUGCUACAUCAUAUUGCAUUUGCUGACCUAUCCCUAGUCUCUCAACAAUUUAAAAAGUUUCAUUAGAGACAUCCAAAGCAUAGCAGUUCAGAGCCUGGAUUCCAUAUGUUAUCUUUUUUCUGCAGUCAGCGGAGUUAUCUUUUAAAGUAGAAUUGGCUGCAUUGGGACUCUCUAGAGAGGAAGAUUGUUGAAUUAUUUUAGUGUCUAGUCUUUCGGUACUGAAAUAAAAUACAGUUUGGGGGAGAAAAUAGUACAUCUUCAAGAGAAGUUGCAAUAAAAUUGUACCCUUUAGAUCAUGUUCUAAUUUUCUAGCCAGAUGGAAAGAAUGCUCAGGGAAAUUUUAUUCCAAACUGUAGUGUAUAAUCGUGUGUUUGGAAAUUACUUUUACACAGAUCUCUGACAGACCUCCUCCUUAAAAUGCACUCUCUGUAUAUUUCAGGCUUUUGUUUACCUUGUAAUUAAAGUUCUUUAAAUUAUUUAAAUUAUGAAGUUGUCUUAAAUGUGUGGGAGUGACAGAUUUUAAUUGAAAGGCUAAAUUGUUAUCAUUUAUUUUAAAUAUGUGGAGUGUCUUUUUGUUGUGUGAAGGGUUGUGCAGCAGUGUUUUGUUUUUUUGUUUGGAAGAAUAUGACUUUACCAUAGCCUAAUGAUUUUUGUUUGGAAAAGUUUUCAUUUUCAUAUUUUUUAAAAUGGUUUUAUAUUUUUAAGUGGAUCAUAGAGAAGAAAGUGGUCUGUGAUUCACUCUUUAGUCUGUUAUUACUAGAAAGUUUUGUAGUUACAAAUUGCCUGGUAAGGGAUGUUUGGAUUUGUAUACUUUGUUGAGCAAGUCCCAACUUUAAAAUAAAAUAUCUUUUGUUUUAACUGAAUUUGCUGCUAUAGAAAAAGUGAAUUGCUUCUCCCCUGGAGGGAUUUGGACCACUGAUAUUUAUGUGCUUAAACCAUUCUUACACAGUAAGUGACAUCACACCAACAGUCUGUAUCCAGCAGCUUGGCCAAUUCUAUCUGGACUGUCUAAGGAUAGCUGGCAUAAAAUGACAAGAUCUCAUCCCAAACACCGAAAACCUGCAGUGUUAUGGGAUCACAGACUCAGUGAUGAUUAUCAAAGUUUAGCUGUGAUUUUGCAGUCAUCUGGCUUGGAAGAAGGAUUGAAAGGAUGCCCAAAAGUAUCUUUAAUGGCAGGUUUGACACAGGAGCCAUGUUCCAGAAUGUAAGGCUUUAAUGCUGGAGAGGUGCCAGCGGAUGGUAAAAUUGAACCCCUAGCAGUAACCACAACAGUAGAUUGUAACAAAUCAUAUUCAAACACUUUAGAAUUACCGGAACUUGAAGAGGAAUACACAGGAUGAUUAUUCUGCCACUGAGAAUAUGGUUAAUCCUGUAGCUUCCGACGUCAUAACCGUGGAAGCCAUAGAUGGGGAUGAGGAUGUAGCACAACCAAUUGUUGGUACAAACGUGUCGAAGUGGCAGUUGAGAGAGUAUUAGAAAUUAAUUAGAGAGGGCCUCCUAGAGGUGAAGUAAUUUCAGAUGGGCUUUGAAGAUGGGGAGAACUGCCAUCUGACUGAUUUGAAUUGGGAGGGAGUUUCAGGCAGGUGAGGAAAAUCAUCAACAAUGUCAUAAAAUAAUUCAUUUGUCAAAAAACUCAAUCUUUGAGAAAAUCCUGAAUCAGGCUCCCUUCAUCCAAAUUGGCGGGGAGGGAUCCAUCUUUGCGUUUCUAAUUUACAAAAGAAAUCCCUUUCAGCUCUUGAACUCUGUGAUUCUUUCAUUCCGUGCGGCCAUCCAUGGGCUCCCCAAGAGGCCUGACUCUCCUUUUGUGAUUUCAGACAUUUUUCUUUUGAAAUGUUUCCUGGGACAAGCUAGACUGUGAUGCUGUUGCAGCACAUAGCUCUCAUCUCUCUGAACCCAGAAGAGCCGUAGGUUGACUAGAAGACUUUAGUCUACCUGAGCACUGCAUAGCAAAACUCCUGUUAAGUACUGAGAAGGUGAUAUUUUGAAAACACAGAAAGAACACAGCUGGGAGAGAACUGACUCCAUAAAAUGUGACCUUGAAUUGUGCUUCAUUGAAGGGGGACAAUGCCGUGGUAGAGUAUUCUCUACUCCCUGAUGUUACAAUCAGCCAGAAUUUCCUCAUUGAGAAUCCAAAUGAAGGGAGAAUCCUAGUCAUUGGAAAACUGUCGGUGUAUGGAGAGAUCCUUUUGAUGGUGAUGGCCAAAGAUAGAGGUUCCCCUCCAUUAAAUGAGACUGCCGAGAUCACAUUGAACGUGACGGACAACCGUCCAUU